AUGAAUAAGCAGCUUUUUCCGACAAAGGGCGAUGGUCGCGUGACCACUGUCGUGGCCACUCCUGGAUAUGGACCUGACCGACAGGUUGAAGUUCAGUACUCUGAUGCAAAGGUAAUUGGUAAUGGUUCUUUCGGCGUCGUAUAUCUGGCGAAGUUGACUGACACCAGUGAGCUUGUUGCAAUCAAAAAGGUGCUGCAGGACAAAAGAUUUAAAAAUCGUGAACUGCAAAUAAUGCGGAAGCUGGAACAUCAAAAUAUUGUCAAGUUGAAAUAUUUUUUCUUUUCAAGCGGUGAAAAGAAGGAUGAUCUCUUUCUUAAUCUCAUUCUCGAAUAUGUUCCGGAAACGGUUUAUCGCGUUGCACGUCAUUAUUCUAAACAGCGACAAAUUAUUCCUAUAAUAUAUGUGAAGUUAUACAUGUAUCAGCUGUUUCGGGCACUGGCCUAUAUUCAUAAUCUUGGGGUUUGCCACAGAGAUAUAAAACCACAAAAUUUGUUGUUGGAUCCUGAUACUGCAGUCUUAAAACUCUGUGAUUUUGGUUCAGCAAAGCACCUUGUACGUGGAGAGCCAAAUGUGUCAUACAUAUGUUCCAGGUACUAUCGAGCUCCAGAAUUAAUAUUUGGUGCUACCGAUUAUACAACAAGUAUUGGUAAGCAGUUUUCAUGCAUCGGAUGCGAAUCAACUUGCUUCUUGGAAAAGUAUGAUUAUCAUAGGACACCGCAUUUCAGUAAUUCCCUCUCUUUAGAUGUCUGGUCAGCGGGGACGGUCUUGGCAGAACUGCUUCUUGGACAACCCAUAUUUCCCGGAGACUCAGGAGUCGACCAAUUAGUUGAGAUUAUAAAAGUGUUGGGGACUCCCACACGUGAUCAGAUACAGCAGAUGAAUCCAAACUACACAGACUUUAGAUUUCCUCAAAUAAGAGCGAAUCCUUGGCAGCGCGUUUUCCGUCCGAGAACGGCCACGGAAGCUGUGGAUCUUGUUUCUCGACUUCUUGAAUAUACACCAAGUGCAAGACUAAGUCCGCUUCUCGCUUGUGCUCACACAUUCUUUGAUGAAUUGCGUCAACCAGAAUGUAAACUACCAAACGGCAAACCUCUUCCACCCAUCUUUAAUUUUUCUGAAGAAGAGUUACGUAUUGAACCGAACUUAAAUUCGAUAUUGGUGCCACAGAACGCUCAAGGUAACAAGUUUCGAAAUGUUGCUUCAACAUCAUCACCUUCACCAUCGGGGGUUGGAGGUACAAGUGGCUCAGAUUCUGCGAUGAAAACUGAACCUGCUUCGGCGGAUGCUUAA